GAUGUGAAACUAGGAAGCUUUCAUAUGACAUAGACAGUCUAAAGCUUGUAUGCGAUAAUGAUUUUGGGUUAGCAUGGUGCAAUAUGUUGCAUACUACCUUUACAUAAAUCUAUUUAAGAUUGUCGUUGGCAUCAGGACCGUUUUUUCCUGGAUGGACAUGAUGGCCAGUAGCUUGGGUCAAAUUUGACUAAGUGUAAAAAUCUCGUCGCUCACACUCCAUACUGUUUCAUUUGAUAUUGUGCCUUACAACAUCUGGAAUCUCACUCCUUUUACGUCUCGGAUUUGUACUAUACAUUGAGUUAGACUCGGAUCUUGAUUGAGACCCAUACUCUAUAUCUCUUGUCUUUCCCUAGAUUUCUAUCAUUGAUUUGCAAUGCUGAGAGAUUUGAAGCAAAUCUUCUUGGAUUGAUUAUGGCGAGUGUUCAGGUAUUUGACUCGGGCUUCGGGCGGUCAACAAUACCUCUAAUACUUCAGCCUGGAUCUUUUGAAUCUAGAUUUAACAACGAUUUGAGUCUCAUAAACCCCAAUGCAACGCUUGUUACAACUCAAGAGCCAUUGCCAAAGCUAAAACCGCAAAAACAAAUGAGGCUGGACCUUCCAAUAGCUGUCUCAACAGACAAGCCUGCUGGAUACUACCUCCUUAUUCAACGUUCUCGAUCAUUGAAGAAGCAACCAGAGCCACAAGUCAUUAGACCACUUCCAGAAAGUAAAGGUGGACCGAAAUUCGCAUUUGGUUGUCUUCCAAAUAAGAAACCCCGAGCAGGGCCUCAAUACCAAAUAUCUCCAGCCAGGCCGCAGGAUGGUAUAGAACCACCCGUCAAAAACCUGCCAUUGAAGUCAAAGUUUGGCUAUUAUCCAAACUAUGAAAGGCCACCGGGCUUUGUUGAGUCAUCAAAACAGCAAUCUCCACGUACUGUGAAGUUCAUGGCUGACGCUUCACCAACGGCUCCGAAAAGGAAUCCUCGCGGUCGAUAUCCCGACUACGAACUCUCUUGACAACAAACGAUUGGAAGUUGACGACAGCAAUCUACCAAAAUUAGAGAUUAAUCGAACGGCA